AUGAAGGAACCAGAAGACAGUGAGGAAGACCCGGGAGAGUCUCUAAAACGCACCUUAAGGGCUCAGAGACAGAGGCGAAGGAAAAGGCUGCUCGAGCGGUCCUCAGCCCAGGAGUCCCAGGACAAUGAAGAUGUGGAGGAAGUUUCCACGGUGCAGCAACACAGUGCCAGUGAGGGAUCCGCUGUGGGGCAGGAUGACUCCGUCGUUUUGUCAAGACCUCCAACUGGAUCUCAAAGAGGUCUCUCCUUCAGAACUCAGCUUGCUUCCACGUCUCAAAAUUUAGACACUUCUGUGACACAACACUUGGAAGGGAAGCUGAGAGCCGCCAGGUCAAAAGCUGAGAGUAUUCAUCAGCAGGAAGCCUCUGCAGAGCCAGUCAGUCGCCUCCAAAGCCUCAGAGACAGAGACACUGUAACACGGUUUGACAGAGAGGUUGAGCCAGACAGAGCAGGGAGACAUGAUGCCUCUCCCGUCCUAAACUCAAGGGUCAAGUUCCGAGAGGCAGCAAGAAGAGUGUCCAAAGGCAUCCCCACUGCCGAAGAGGCAUACAAUUUCUUCACAUUUACCUUUGAGCCAGAACCUGCGGGCACUUCGGAGAGGCUUAGCAGGAAAAAGCAGAAACGGAGAGAUGGAGAUGACGAUGGAGGAGAGGAAGCUGAAGAGCCAGAAGAUGCUGAAGCGGAAGAAGAUAUUCCGGAUGAAAAUGAAAACCAGGGGGAAGAGGCUCCUUUGGUACGAAAUGAGGAAGAUUUAUUUAUCAUUGACCAGUCACCCCAAGACUUCCUGGAAGUGAGGAAGGCUGAGUAUGUGGGGUACCGAAAACGCAUUCAACAUGACAACGAACUCCUUUUUACACCGAGUUUUCGACCAGUUCCAACCUCUGCUAAACUGCCUGAAAACAUGAAACCUCGAUAUCUGGAGGAUGAAGGUCUCUAUGUAGGGGAGCGGCCCCCUGUAUCUCAGACCAAUGAGACCAUUCUUGAGAAUCGCAUUUUGAAAAUGGAGGAGGGAAGGAAAUGGUUUGGAGAUGAUGGCAGGAUUAUAGCUCUGCCUGACCCCAUAAAGGAAUCAUCCAUAAGACCCCCUCUAUUCCAUAUGGAGGGGGACCUAGAUCCUGCCCUCCAGACUGUGUACAGAAAGGCGCUGAAAUCCAAGUAUGCAAAUCUGUAUAUCGGUGGUGCGGCAGGCCCUGAGGGAGACUACCAGCUAGAUGUGGAUGUCUCUGGGCUUAUCUUUUCCCACCACCCACUCUUUAGCCGUGAACAUGUCCUGGCAGCCCGUCUAGCUCAGCUGUAUGAUCAGUACCUCACCAGGCAGCACAACAAUCUCACGGGACACCUCACUGACAAGCUGAACGGCUUGAGGAGCGCGCUGCGGAAUAUCAUGAGGAUCCACGAUGGACAGAGCAUCACUCAGGCCAUGCACCACAGGAUGUCUGAGUACAGUCUGGAAGUGAGGAGCACCCGUCAACUCCGAGACACAGAGCAGGAGAAAGACAGGACUCUGCUGAAGAACAUGAUCAAAGUGUGGAAGGAGAUGAAGGCCCUAAGAGACUUUCAGAAGUUCACCAACACCCCUUAUAAACUCUACCUCAGAAGGGAGAACGUCGACCGGGCAGCGGAUGAGCAGCAGUAUGAAGACGAAAUCUUGUCAGAAGUUUUGGAAUUGGAGGCAGAGACCGAGGAGGACUACCAGAAGAAGCUGGCUGUGUACAAGAAACAGCUGGAGGAGUGGAAACUCUGGAGAAAGAAACAGAAAACUAAACGGAAAAAACAGAAGAAGAAGAAGAAAAAGGGCCAGGCACAGGAUGACACGGAAGAAGAGGAUGAAGAACAGGAGGGGAGUGAAUCAGAGGGCCCUUUGGAGGAAGGCCCUCCCAAACCGAAGCCUCCCGAGAGGCCAGACUUGGAAUCCAUAGAGCAGCAGGUGAGAGAGAAAGCCUCCAAGAUACGAAAGAAACCAGGAGAGGCCAUCCUGAUCCCUGAACUCUCUGCAUCGGGAAACAUCACUGCCAGUGAACUCUGCCCCAGGACUGAAAUCGCCCGAAGAGAGGAUGUUUCCAGGCGCUCCCUUUUUAUCAAAAUCCUGUACAACGACAAGGAGGUGUCCCGAACAGACAGCGUGUCCCUGAGUGCUGACUUCAGGGUGCACUUUGGUCAAAUUUUCAACCUCAAGAUACUUAACUGUCCCCAAAGUAUUAAUCUGCAGGUGUUUGAGGAGGUUGGACUGUCGUGCACCCUCCUGGCUCAGGUGUUUGUUCCAGUGCCAGAGCCCUCAGUCGUGAGCGGCAGCGUCCCUCUGGAAGAGUUUGAGUUCAGCAGCAACCAGAGAGUGAUGUUUGACCACGAGGGAGUUGGAAGCGACGUGCCCCUCUCCUUCGAGGCGGACGGCAGCAACAAAGUGAUCCUGCUGACCUCUGGAAAGCUGUCGUGCUGUGUGUCUUGGGGAAUCGGGGAGGACGACGUUCCACUCGCGCCUCCUGUUUCCCAACAUUCGGGAGGAAAGCACAGUGGCAUGAGCCGUCUGGAUGCCGUCACAUACAUCGGAGCAUCUGGGCUGUACGACAUGAAAAAAAUCGGUGAGUGGGCCACACAGUCCCGCCUGGACCCCAAUGAUCCGAAAAAUAUCGCCAUCAUGCAGCUGCUCAAAGUGGCCAGCAGCGGAGAGGUCAUUGCUCCGGAUUACUUCCGACUCGAACACCUUCAGGAGGAGUUCAAUUUUGUCCCCGAUGAAGAGUUGGACAGAUCCAAAAGAUUCCGCCUGCUCACGCUCAGGAAGCAGGAAGUUGCAGAGUUCCGCAAUCACAAAUUUGUGCCUGCCAUUGAAAGGGAGGUCCCAGAUAAGGUGUUCCAGGAAUACGAGAAACGGUUGAAAGAUGGGGAAAUAAUCGACACCAAAGACCACUUGGAUUCACACAGAGCUUUAGUGGCCAAAUACCUUCAGAAGAUCCGAGAAUCGGUCAUUAACAGAUUCCUUCUGGCCAAACAUGACUACGUCCUGUCUGACUUGGUGGUGGAGGAAGAGAUACCGAGCAUUGGGAUUCUAGGGAUCAACCUUUUUAAGCUGGCCGAACCCAAGCGACCGCUGAAACCUCAGAGGAAGGAGAGAAAGAAGGUGACGGCUCAGAAUCUGUCGGACGGAGACAUCAAGCUGCUUAUCAACAUCAUCCGGGCCUACGACAUUCCCGUCCGCAGGCCCCAGAGCAGUAAAGCGGGACAGUCCUCUCAGAGCGCCGUCCAGGACAGUGACUGGUACCUCAGCCAGGUGCAGGUGAGGCCGUUCGUGGAGGUUUCCUUCCAGCGCACGGUGCUGCAGACCACCACGGCCGAGGGACCCAAUCCCAGCUGGAACGAGGAGCUGCAGUUACCGUUCAGCGCUCCAAACGGAGACUACAGCACGGCCUCUCUGCAGUCGGUCAGAGACGAGGUCUUCAUCAACAUCUUUGACGAGGUGGUUUACGAAACAGGGCUGACGGACAAAGAGAGGAGGUCCUCCAUUCACACGCAGAUAGAGAAGCACUGGCUGGGCUCGGUGAAAAUUCCCUUCAGCACUAUUUACUCUCAGUCCAGGAUUGAUGGAACAUUUAAGGUCAACACGCCGGCCGUGUUGCUGGGAUACAGCAAGGAGCGCAGCCAUGGCAAUAACGGCGCCUACGAGAUGCUGCGGCCCCUGAGCGAGGGAGCCUUCAUCACACUCUUCAUCACCAUCGAACCUCAGCUGGUGCCCGGAGAGUCCGUCAGGGAGAAGUUCGACAGCCAGGAGGACGAGCGUCUGCUGCAGGCCUCAGAGAGAUUCGAGAGGCACGCAGCGCUGGGCUACCCCGACCGACCCUGCAUCACCACGGUAACGGACCUCAACGGGAAGACGGUCUUCAUCACCCGCUACAUCCGGCCACUCGGCCCACCGCAGGAGUUCCUGGAUGCGUUCCCCAAUAACCCCCUGGAAGCCACGACCCUGGUUGCCCGAUUCGUCUCCCUCAUCCCGUCCCUGCCCGAUCAAGUUUUAUUUUCCCGGGCCUGUGGCCUGUGGAGCACCUGUGACCAAUUUCUCACGCUGCUAGCAGGAGAUGAGGAGGAACACGCUGUGCUCUUGUGCAACUACUUUCUGUCUUUGGGCAAGAAAGCCUGGCUAGUUAUUGGCACGGCCAUACCAGAGGGCCCCACGGCUUAUGUUCUAACACUAGAGCAGAGCCGCUACCUUAUUUGGAAUCCCAGUAACGGUCAGUUUUAUGGCCAAUAUGACACUUUCUGCCCACUGCAGACAGUUGGCUGUUUGAUCAACGCUGACAAUGUUUGGUUCAACAUUCAAGAAUACACGUCACCAAUGAGGAUUAGUUUUGACACCACCAAGGGCAAUUUCUGGAGGCCAUUUUUCUCCCGGUCCUUCUCCCACCCCGGUUUGUCCAGUGUACAGCCCGAUGAGCUGGCGUACCGCCGUACAGACAGAGCAGCUGCUGCUGAGCUUCAGGACAGGAUCGAGAAGAUUCUAAAGGAGAAGAUCAUGGAGUGGCGUCCCCGCCAACCCACCCGCUGGAACCGCUACUGUAACACCACCCUAAAGCAGUUCCUGCCCAAACUGGAGCAGGGAGGCGGGCAGGACGUGGCCGAGGGGCAUCGCCAUGAGCUGCAGAGCCUGUUGGGAGACUACAGGAUUUCCGGAUUCCCCCUGCACCUGCCUUUCUCUGAGAUCCGGCCCAUCAUAGAGGCGGUGUACAGCACUGGAGUUCACAAAAUCGAGGCCUCCAAUGUGGAGUUUGCCCUGGCUGUGUACGUGCACCCGUACCCCAGCAACGUCCUGUCUGUGUGGGUGUACCUGGCCUCACUCGUCCGCACCUGA